CAUCUCCUGAACCAUUCUGUUUGUAAAUGAAACGUCUUUGCUAUUCCCCUGGUUGUGGAUCCGGAACCCCGAGGUUGUGAUAUGAAGUCUGUUGGUUCCCAUAACCCGCCAUGUCUAACUCCACAACUCUUCUACCAUUCUACAGGUUGAGCCACUACUCCCCAACAUGGCAGAGACCCCUUUUGCUCCACUGAAUUUGUCCUUCCCCUUUGCCACGUCAUAUCAAACAGGGGGCAGCAUUUUACCUGACGUCAGCAGGACCGUUGAAAGGGCCUUGAGAAAAGGGAAAAUUCUAGAUGUGGUGUAUGGGGUCAAGGAGACCAUGGCAGCAUUGUCCCAUACUCCAGUGAACAUCACUGUGACUAGGGACGCCGGCAAUGGCAUGUCAUCUUUCAUCAAUGCACUUCGAAUGAUUGACCAUGAGGAAGAUGACUCGGCUCCCACUGGGGUGGUGAGGAUCACCCAGACACGGGUGAAAUACUCUUCAUCCCUGUUUCCCAAUGUGGUACUGUGGGACCUGCCUGGCUUGGGGGCUACAGCCCAAACCAUAGAUAACUAUGGAAAAGAGAUGAAAUUCAACAUGUAUGACUUGUUCAUCAUCAUCGCCUCUGAGCAGUUCAGCUCGAAUCAUGUGAAUCUUGCCAAGCUCAUCCAGAGGAUGGGGAAGAGGUUUUAUAUCAUCUGGACCAAGCUGGACAGGGACCUCAGUACAUGUGUCCUUUCAAAGAUCCGGUUUCUACAGAGUAUACAGGAGAAUAUCCAAGAGAAUCUCCAGAAGGAGAGGGUGAACAUACCCCCCAUAUACUUGGUAUCCAAUCUAAACCCUCUACUAUAUGACUUCCCAAAGCUUAGAGACACGUUGCAUAAAGACCUCUCCAACAUCAGGUGCUGUGUGCCCUUAAACACUCUCUCUUACACAUGUGAGAAGAUCAUUGAUGAGAGAGUGGCCUCCUUGAAGGAGAGACUAGAUGGCGGAUGUUCGGAGCAUUCCGUUUGUGUCAGGGACAAUGAUGACAUGGAAGAGUGUGUGAAGGUGUACCGACUAAAGUUUGGUAUAGAUGAUCAAUCGCUUCAGCAGGUAGCCCUGAGCCUGGGGACAGUACUACUAGAGUACAAGGCCAACAUGAAGUCCCAAAACAGGUGCACUCUCGCCAGAGGGGACUGGAGACUGAGACUGAUGACUUGUGCUCUCCGGAGUGCAUUCUCCAUCACUCUUAAAUGUCUCCCAUGCUUACAUCGCUGUGUCCCCUGGUUCAGACGCAUAAAACACAGACGUGUGCUUCACUUAGUUGCCCAGGACACCAAGAUCAUCGUGAAGAAAAUCCUGAAAGACUCCAUCAGUCCCCCUCUAAUCUAGUGUAGGGGGUUGUCUGGCACUCUUCUCACAAG